AUGCAAUACGUCGCCUCGCAUCCAGCAUCCCAGCGGAAAAAUCACAGUAUACCGGCGACGGCGCGGCUGGACGACUCGGAAGCAGAAGUGGGGAUGUCCUUAGCGUUGGACAAUGGCGCAUAUAUCUACACUCCGGCACAUUAUACUGUGGUAUCGCGGACCUCUUUCCUCUGCCUACCGGAGGCGUGCACCCUACCAUUGAGCAAGGAGAAAGGUUUUUCCAGCGAUGAAGAUGUCCUGGACGCCGCCCCAUCGUUAUACUCCUCGAUUCGCGCUCUCAAUAUGAUCGAUGCUCGCUUACCUGACAUUGGAAUAGUGACCAUCGAUGACUGUGGUUCGGGUCUAAACUUCUCAAUGGCACCUGAACGUGGCCCGAUACUCAAUCUCCCGGUUACACAUCGAGUCUCCCGCAUAUAUGCGCGUCAGGCAAGCUAUCGCCGGCUAUCCGGAAAUUUGCAUCCUCGAAUAGACCAUGCGACUCGAGUGAUGUUGAGCGAGGCAAUGUUAUCGGCUCUCAAGCGGUCGCCUGACAUCGGGACGACAUUGGUAGACCACCGGCACGGGCGACGAUUUGAAGGAGAGAGAUGUUCACUUUUGGACUUGCAGGAGGAAUAA